CUUUUAUAUGUGGUGGCAGCACCAUCCCAGUUUUACUUCAAGAGUUAAUUUGUGUUGCACGACACGUAUUUUAUCCAUGAACUGCGUAAAUCGUAUUUUCUAUCACAAAUUGUUCGAAACUACACCAUUAAAAGAUAUUUUUAUAGAUUAUUCACUGUAUUGCUAAACACAUAUCUGGAAUGAAAAUGAAGAUUCCAAACAAUCGUUCGGGGAACGAUUAUGGAAAUGAAACAGGGAUUAUUUCCUAUAUGGAUAAUAGUUUUGAAUCUGAAAUCGAUGUACAAGGAACGGAAGAGAGCGAUUUUUCUGAAUACCUUUGGAUGGAAAAUGAGGAAGAAUUUGAUAAAGAGGUGAUCCAACAAUUAAUGGAAGAGGAGUUGACAGAGGAAUGUUUAAAAGCAAUGUGGGAAGAUGAAAGACAACAUGAACGAAAUACAAAUUCUAUUGCUUGGUCCACUGCUACUAGCAUGCCUGAGAAUGGUGCAGAACUUUGUCAGCAACUUAACAAUCUAAAAAUGCAUGAUGACCUUGCUAAGCAGAGUACAUUGAAUCCAAAUGCAGCUGAAUUUGUUCCAGCAUUCAAAUCAGCAGUAACAUCUGUAAGUACACCACCAGAAGUUACUGCAGAAUCAUCAUAGAAGCCAUAUAUUCAUUUGUUUAACUGAAUAAAACAUAGGCUAUAUAUAUGGCUAAUGUUUACCAACUUCAGUAACACAGUUGUAUUAACUGAAUUGCAUUAAAAGUUAAAUGACUGUCCCUACACGUACAAAGGUAUAAUGAUCAUCAAAGCAGAUAAUACAUAAUGCUGUUAUAUGAUAUUUACGAGUAAUGAAGUCAGUUGCAUAACCAUAAAAUUGAAAAAUAUAUAUUCAAAUUUUUAUAGUCGUGAGAUAUUGCAUAAUAUUAUAAACAUUUAAUUUUACAUAUAUAUUUUUCGGCUAUAUACUGAACAACGUGACAUGCCAAAAUCACUUGUUAUGAAAAUUUCCAAUUUAUUGUUUUUAUUUUUAACUGAAGAAAAAUAUAUUCAAAUGUGAUCUAUAUAAUUUAUACAUUUGGUUGCAAGAAAAGAAUACAUAUACGAAGUUUCAUAAGUUAUAUGUAUACAUAUUCAACAAUGAAUUGUUGCAUUCAAGUGAACACUACUUUUUUUUUAAUACUUUCAGAAUACUCCUUUUAUUCUGAUCUGAGAGUUUUUAUAUACUAUAGUAUGCGUUUCUGAAUGAAACACUUUUCUAAGAGUUCCUUUUGUAACACUUAUUUUAUACUGGUAUACAUCUUCUGUAAUCAUUAACAUGAAUUAAGAAUAUAUACUGAAGUCGUUAAGACUGAUGUAAGUAAAAUGUUGCAUUAAAAAUUGUAUUGCAUCCAAUACAUAUUUCGUUGAUAAAACAAUACUUAACGCAUCUAAUUAUACGAGAACAGUUUUAAUCUUUA